CAUUCCACCAAUCGCUACACACGGGGAUGAUUUUGAGUUCUUCAGGAUUGCCGCCGCCAUGGCAGCAGCCGGCGAUCUCCUGCCGGCAUUGCUCGAUCGUGUGCGGCGCUUCCUCGUCUCUCGCAGGUCCAGGCCCGGAGAAGAAGGAAGUGGUGCUGAUUGGAGGGACUGGCCGCGUCGGGAGCUCCACAGCGCGAGCGCUUGCAAGGGUGUGGCCGGAUCUCCAGCUCGUUCUCGCUGGACGAAACAGGGAGAGAGGAGAGGGAAUAGCGUCCGAGAUUGGGGCUGGAACGAAAUUUCGAGCUGUGGAUAUAGAGGAUUUAAACUCGGUGGCACAAGCUAUAGAAGGUGCGAAGCUGGUGAUCCAUUCCGCUGGGCCAUUUCAACGCAAAAAUCGUUGCACAGUAUUGGAGGCCGCCAUCGAGACAAAGGUUCCAUAUAUUGAUGUCUGCGAUGAUCUAACUCACGCUCAACUUGCAAAGUCCCUUCACAACAAGGCAGUAGAAGCUGGCGUUCCUGCGAUUAUCACCACGGGGCUAUAUCCUGGAGUGAGCAACAUUAUGGCCGCUGAGCUUGUUCGGCUUGCUAGAGAGAGUUCGGCUGGAAGCAGACCUCGAGAGCUAAGGUUCUCUUACUUCACCGCGGGAUCUGGUGGUGUUGGUCCUACGAUUCUUGCAACAAGUUUCUUACUGCUCAGCGAGCAAGUCUUAACGUAUAGCAAAGGAAAAGUUGUAAAGCUGGACCCGUUUAGUGGGGAGAGGAUAGUAGAUUUUGGGAAAGCGGUCGGCAAACGUUCCGUAUUCUUGAUAAACCUUCCUGAAGUCGUGACAGCGUUUGAGAAUUUGAAAGUUCCUACCAUAACUGCUCGCUUCGGUACCGCUCCCUUCUUCUGGAACUGGAUUAUGGGCGCGAUUGCAGGACGGGAUUUUCUGAAAGAUGAUUCCAAAGUACAAUCCCUGGCUAAGAUUUCAGCUUUUGCAGUACGAAUAAUUGAUCGUUUAGUUGGAGCAAAAGUCUCAAUGCGGGUAGACUUGAGCUGCACGGAUGGGAAACGAGCUGUUGGACUGUAUACUCAUCGCAAUCUAUCCGUAUGCGUUGGUUCGGCUACUGCAGCCUUCGCAGCACCAGUUUUACAAGGCAAAACUCGACCUGGAGUCUGGUUCCCUGAACAGGACGAGGCCAUUCCUUUUCAGUAUCGAGGACAACUCCUCCAGCAGGCGUCAAAAGGAACAUCGAGUUUCGUGAUGAACAGGUCACCUUGGAUGGUGGAGGGAGAUCCUAAAGAGAUAGGCUUCGGCAUAUAUCUCGAAUGAGACGUCUGAAUCUCGUGUUACACAUUAUUCGGCUCCACAAAGCAUUUCAGCUCACAAUUGUUGUU